AUGACUAAAGCUACUAAUAUCACCUGGCAUGCAAACUUAACCCAUGAAGAGCGUGCUACCUUAAGAAAACAAAAGGGUGUUACUGUUUGGUUAACUGGUUUAUCAGCCAGUGGGAAGUCUACUAUCGCUUGUGCUUUAGAACAAACUCUUUUGGCAAGAGGCUUAAAUUCAUAUAGAUUAGAUGGAGAUAAUAUCAGAUUUGGUUUAAAUAAAGAUUUAGGUUUUAGUGAAGCUGAUAGAAAUGAAAAUAUUAGAAGAAUUUCUGAAGUUGCAAAAUUAUUUAGUGAUUCUUGUUGUGUCACUUUAACUUCAUUUAUUAGUCCUUAUAAAGCCGAUAGACAGUUUGCUAGAGAACUCCAUGAAAAGGAAAACUUACCUUUUGUUGAAGUUUAUGUCGAUGUUCCAAUCGAAGUUGCUGAACAAAGAGAUCCAAAGGGUUUAUAUAAAAAGGCAAGAGAAGGUCUCAUCAAGGAGUUCACUGGUAUCAGUGCCCCAUAUGAAGCUCCAGAUAAGCCAGAAAUUCACUUAAAGAACCACGCUGGUGUUUCUAUUGAAGAUGCCGCUCAACAAAUCGUUGACUAUCUCGUUGAGAAGGGAUACAUUAAUUAG